UCACCUACAGUGCUGGGAUCGGCGCGUGCGAGAAGAGCGGGCAGUGGCAGCGAGCUCUGGCGCUGCUCAGCGACAUGCUGGAGGCGACAGUGCAGCCCAACGCCUCACCUACAACUCUGGCAUCAGCGCGUGCGGGAAGGGCGGGCAGUGGCAGUGGGCCCUGGCGCUGCUGA